UUCCCUUGACCCGCCCAUUCGCCGCUGCUGUCGGAGCUCGGUCAGGUGUUCGUUGUACAGCGACGUAAACUUUGCAUUUAGAAAACUGAUUGGAUUUUGUGUCGGGAAAAACAAAGACGAGGCUAUGCUCAGACGGAUACUUCAAAUGACUCCUGGGAAGGGGGGCUCCCAGAAUGCAGAUUCAGAGCAGCCCAGCACAGACCUCAACCACGAUCAGACGUCUGAGGGCUUCAUCUGUCCUCAGUGUAUGAAGUCUCACAACUCUGCAGAGGAGCUGUUUAAGCACUAUGAGCUGUUCCAUGACACCGGGGACCUGCCCACUCAUAUGGCCCCCACUCGGGAAGACCUUACAAUGCUGCGGCAAGAAGUUCAGGACUUGCAUACUUCUCUCAAGGAGGAAAAGUGGUUCUCUGAAGAGCUCAAGAAGGAGUUAGACAAAGUCCAAGGACAACUGAAGCAAAAUGAUGGACAGGUGACCUCGGAGGAUUCAGCCCUUGAGAAGAAGUUGAAUGAAGCAGAGACGGAAAAGUUCAACAUCAAGCAGAUGAAAGACCUGUUUGAGCAGAAGGCUGCCCAGCUGGCCACAGAGAUAGUAGACUUAAAGUCCCGCUAUGAUGAGGAGAAGAGCCUCAGGGAGGCUGCUGACCAGAGGCUGGGCAAACUGACCGAACAGCUCCAGAAGGAGAAGCAGGAGAACAAGGGACUCCAAACAGAACUGCUGCAGCGGCCGGGAGUGGAGGAUGUGGAGGUGCUGCAGAAGGAGCUGGUGCAGGUCCAGACACUGAUGGACAGUAUGACCCGUGAGAGGGAAGAAGAGUCUGAGCGCCUCAAAUCCCACUGCGAGCAGCUGCAGGCUAACUACACUACCUCAGAGAUUCGUAAACUGGAGAUGACCAUAUCCCAACUUAAAGCAGAGCUGGAGAAGGGUCCACAGGAAGCAGCUGUCUACACACAACAGAUCCACCAGCUGCAGAGCAAUCUGAAUAAUUUGCAGCAGCAAAGCCAGAGCCUGUCUGAAAAGCUUGCGCGUAAGGAGAAAGAGUACCAGGAACUGGAGGAGUGUCUGGGAGCUGAGAAGGCUGCCAAGAAGGGAGCUCAAGGCAGCCUGAGAGAGAGGGAGCUGGAGGUUCAAGAGCUCCAGGCUCGGGCCACAGGGUCCGAAGCCUCCCUGACGAAGGCCCGGACGGAGCUCGGAGAGAGGUUUGAGGAGGUGACAAAGUUGAAGAAUGAGAUCACGGAGCUGGAGGUGAAGCAUGCAGAGCUGAAGGUGGAGAGGAAACAGUUGGAACUGCAAAGGGAAGAAAAAGACAACCAAGGAGCUCAGCAGCAGACUGAGAUAAGUCAGCUGCAUGCCAAACUGCUGGAGGCAGAAAGACAGCUGGGUGAGGUGCAAGGUCGUCUUAAAGAACAGAGGCAGCUUUCUGGGGAGAAACUAAAAGACCGUGAGCAGCAGGCCGCCGACCUGCAGCUCAAACUGUCCCGUGCAGAAGAACAGUUGAAGGAGAGUGCCAGUAAGAAUACAGAUGUGCAACACCAGCUGGAGAAAGCCAAGCAGCAGCACCAGGAGCUGCAGGCGCUGCAGCAAAACACAAAUGGCAAACUCCGCGAGGCUCAGAAUGACCUGGAGCAGGUGCUGCGUCAGAUUGGAGACAAGGACCAGAAGAUCCAGAAUCUGGAGGCACUGCUGCAGAAGAGUAAGGACAUUGUGAGCCAGCUGGAAACUGAGAGAGACGACUUGUGUGCCAAGAUCCAGGCCGGUGAGGGAGAGACGGCUGUGCUCAACCAGCUAAAAGAGAAAAACCAUGGACUACAAGAACAGGUCACACAGUUGACGGACAAGCUGAAGAACCAAUCGGAGAGCAACAAGCAAGCCCAGGAUAACUUGCAUAAGCAGGUCCAGGAGCAGAAGACCCUGCUGCGUUCAGCCCAGGACCGAGCCCACACCCUGGAGACUUCCGUCACUGAGCUCACCACCCAGCUCGCAGACAGCAAGGAGAAAGUAGCCCAGCUAGAUGCUCAGCUGAAGGCAAAGACAGAGAUGCUGCUAUCUGCAGAGGCAGCCAAGGCUGCACAGAAGGCUAACCUGGAAAACAAGCUGGAGACGGCCCAGCAUGCACUGCAGGACAAACAGCAGGAGCUGAAUAAGGCUCAGAAGAAGUUGGAGGAGCAGGCCCAAAGGCUCAAGGAGAGACAGGAGCAGUGCACACAGCUGGAUGCCAGUCUGAAGGAAUGCAAAGACAAACUAAUGGCCUCAGAGCAGCGUAUAGAGCAGCUGGAGGGGCUCAAUAAGAAAUUGGAGUCACAGGUCGGGGAGCUGCAGGCCACACGGGACCAGGUGCAGCAGGAAGUGCAGAAGCUGCAGAAGGAGGGGUCAGAGGUCAAACGGAAAGCAAAGGAGCUGCAGCGCUCGCUGGAAACGGAGAAAGCAGGGGCUACAACACUACAAGAGGAGUUGAUGAAAAAAGCGGCUGCUUUGAGUGACAUUCAGCAGCAGCUGGAGCGCAGCGAGCAGGACAAAGCUGCUCUGAAGGUCAACGUGGACACGGUGACCCAGGAGGGGAAAACGAAGCACGCAGAAGUGGACAGGAGAGCUCAGAGCCUGACGGUAGACCUACAGAAGGCCCAGCAGGAGAAAGAGGCUCAGAAGAAGGAGCUUGCCUCUACACAGGAGAGCCUAGGAAAGGCUAAUAAAGCACUGAAGGAGAGCCGGAGUCAACUGGACACAGAGAGGAAGAACCAUAAGUCAGCCAUGGAGGAAAAGGAAAAGUCCAAUGAGAAGGCCAGACAGGAGCUUCUUAAGGUUAAUGAGGCCGUCGCCAAGUCAAUGAAAGAAUCGCAAGAGCAGUUGCAGCAGAUGGGAGAGGCAGAGAAAGAGUUGAAAGUGCAGCUGACCACGCUGGAGCAGCAGCGCUCUAACACUCAGGGGGCGCUGAAGGAGAAAGAGAAGGAGUUGGAAAAGCUGCGGGCACAACUCAAGACGGCCAAGGGGUCCUUUGAGGAGGAGAUAAAGAAACUGAAGGGCCAAGUGGCAGAGCUACAAGAAGUUAAUGUCAAGAAGACGGAAGAGGAGAGCAAGCUGAGGGCCCAGGUGUCUGGGCUCGGCCAGGAGCUGGCCUCUGAGAACAGCCGGACGACGGAGCUGCAGAAGGCCUCGGAGCAAGGCCAGGAAAGCCUCACUAAGCUUCAGUCCGACUUCUACGGCAAAGAGUCUGAGGUCUCUGCCCUGCGGCAAGACCUGAAGGCAUCAGAGGAGAGGAUGAACUUGGCUGUGGAAGAGCUGGCCGCUAACCGAAGCCAUCAGACGGGUUUAGAGGCUCAGAUCCAGGACCUGCAGAAGGGCCGGGGCUCGUUGGAGCAGGAUCUGGAAAAACGGGACCAGAAGCUCCAACAGCAAGAACAAACCCUGAGGGAACUACAGAAGCAACAGGGUCAAGUACAGGAGGAGCUGGAGAAGGAGAAGAGCAAAGUUGAGGAGCUGAACAAAGCCAAGACUGUCCAGGAAAAGAGCAACACCAGACUGACUUCUGAAUUAAAAACACUAAUGGAGAAGAGCGAGAAGGAGCUGGGGGAUUUGCAGGAAGCCAAGCAGCUGUUGAUCCAGCGGAAGCUGGAGCUGCAGGGUCAGAUGGAGGCGUCACAGAAGACCCUCGAGCAGGAGCAGAAAGAGCACCAGGCCACCAGGGACAGCCGGGGCCAGAGAGAGGAGCAGCUCCUCGCACAAACCAAGAAUGUCCAGGAUCAGUUGUCGGCAGAGAAGCGGACCCGAGGAGAGCAGGUGAAGCGCGUGGAAGAGGCAGAAGCUAAGAUGGGGGCGCAGGUGACGGCUUUGAAUGAAAACGUGGCCACGCUGAAGAGAGAGUGGCAGGGCAGCCAGCGGAGAGUCGGCGAGCUGGAAAAGCAGACGGAUGAGCUGAGAGGAGAGAUCGCCGUGCUGGAGGCCACCGUCCAGAACAACCAGGACGAGCGACGGGCUCUUCUGGAAAGGUGUGUGAAGGGUGAAGGCGAGAUGGAGAAGCUGCAGGCCAAGAUGGUGGAGCUGAGGAGGAAGGUGGACGACACGACGGCAGCCAUGCAGGAGCUCGGCAGAGAGAACCAGUCGCUCCAGAUCAAGCAGUGCCAGAGUUUGACCAGGAAGUGGGCCGAAGAUCACGAAGUGCAGAACUGCAUGGGCUGUGGGAAAGGCUUUAGCGUGACCGUCAGGAGGCACCAUUGCAGACACUGUGGCAACAUUUUCUGCGCCGAGUGUUCACCGAGGAACGCCCUCACACCGUCCUCGAAAAAGCCAGUACGGGUCUGUGACACGUGCUUUGAGGAGCUCCAAGGCUGAUUUCCCUCUCAUCGCUCUCCCCCUCAACCCUUCACCCCUUUUCCCUCCACUUCCUACUUCAGCAGGCAGAAGAAGGCGUGUCUCUGUCAUAUUUAAUGUGCACUAUUAAGGACAGACCCAGUGCAAAGUCUCCCACCAGCAGGGGACUUCUGGCUCUGGCGUGGAGGGGAAUAACCAAAGGGUUUGGAUGGAGAGACACCGGAGCCACAUAAUGGGGUGGGAUUGGUUGGAAUUGGUUGGGAUUGGUUGGAAUUGGUUGGAAUUUGUCUGUAUCUGUUUUUGUGCCUUAGCUACUCCUGUGGACUGCCAGAGAGCGGAGACAGUGAGAACUAAACACCAUCCAUCUCUUUAAGUUAAUAUUCACAUCUCCAUCGUUGUUUGGGUUCAUUGGCAAGUGCAAGGUGUGUACGUGGUGAGAUGUUUGGCAUCAGCUGCCAGGAGGUGAAAGGUCAGUGUGACACUGCCGGAGUGACUGGGGGAAGUAAAUAUUGUAAUGGUGGUGUUGGAAAUCACUGCUGCCAUACAAAGGUAAAUGCAGGCAACUAUUUUGUAAACAUAAAUAUCUGUAAAUACCCAAUCUGACGAUUGGGUAUGAUGUUUUCUGUGUUACGACUACAUCGAUUUGAUCACUAAAAAAAUAGAAAUCUGCAAAAGCAAAUUAAUUACAACUCAAGAUUUUAGGGUCAAAUGUCGUCAUUUUUGUUUGAUAAAUGUUCAAACUGUCUUUAAGAAAACAAGUCAUCAGUCCAUUUUUGCACCAGCGACUCUUCUGCACGGGACGUGAGAUCCACCGUGACGUUGAAUCAGUUCCUGCGUGUUUCCUUUGUGCGGCAGCGUGUUUGUGCGUUUGUUGAAUUUGAUGUAUAUUCAGCCUAUUUCAUGACCAAAGAAUGUCUUCAGCAGGAAUACAGACGAGAUGAAAACCCGGAGCUUGUUUCAUAUUUCAGUAUUUUUCUAAGCGUGAGGCUUUUGAGUUUUAAAUCACAGGGUCCUACAUUUUUAUUUUGUUCACCGCAUGGAUGACGAUCUGAGAGGCUUUUAUGUACAGUCACUUCUUGCUGUGCCACAUUUCUCUCUUCGUGUUAAUUUCUUCAAACUGUGGUGCUUUUUUGUAGACUGUUAUUAAGGCAGUCUUUGCAGUCGCCUGCAUGUUUAUUUUUACAUUUUAUUUUCCUGCUGCUCGUCUACACUCAGCGGCACUGAAUACAAUACUGCUGGAGCUGUGCGCUUGUGUGUGUGUGAGUGAUCUGCUUUGAAGCAAUAACUGUGGCUGUGUGUGAUGUUGCUGUAACGGAGUGUGUGUUUUAGGCCUGCUGUGUGUGGGUGUGUGCGCGCAGAAGUGCACUGUUGGCUGUCAGACCCUCACCAUCUCUCUGGCGUGUUGUUUCGGGGAUGUCGGUGCUGCUUUCAGUUCUCUGUCCAACCUGUGUGCAGCUGGUGACACUGUAAAAGUUCAUUCCUGCUUUGUAUAAUUUAUAAUUGUCGACAGAGUUUUGGUAAGAUCUUUUGUGCAAUUGUCUAAAGACUGGAGCAGACGGAAACACGAUGCGGGCCGUUUCAGCCGACUUGCAACAAGCAGCUUGUUUCCGACUUACCUAAUUAGCCAUUUAUGCUUGUUUGCUCAAACGACGUCCGUUUCAGUCGCAAGCUCCCAAGAACCCCCGUCUCUUUUUUGUGUUGCAUUGGUUUUGUUAUGUCUACCUCAGAUUGGCACAGGAAAAGCACUAUUUCUAAACCUUAGAGAUCACAAAUAUUGUGUCAUUGCUUGCAUUUGAUCAAGGAUUUCUGAUUUAUCUAUCAAGCUGUACAGCCCCUUAAAACCUAGAGAUGCUUCGCACCUUAUUGUAUUCUGGGCUCGUCCGUAUGAGAACCCAGCCACGAGCGUAGGACCACCGACUUUAUAUACAGGCUUCAGCAUUUCAAGCCUUGAUGUACUUAACUACUCAUUAAUAAUAAGGCUGUCAUAAUUAUCUUUGUAAAUGUUUGCAAUGAAAGAGAAAAUGGAAAUAUAUAACACUUGUGGAUGUAGAAACAUGACAAAAGUGAAAAUGUGUGUGUGGACUCAUCAGUGUCUUACAUUUAAUUGAAUUUUUUCUUUUUACGAAAAAGGCACCACAGAUCUGAACGCAGUGAAUUGUGGCUUGCUUCGUGUUGCUGCCAGUUGAUCAUGCAUGAUGACUGAACUGGCCUGUGGCUCACACGUCUUCUCCAUGUUUAGAGUGUCCGGUGGUUGUGAAGGUGUGCCUUUAGGCCAACGUCUUGUACGUCACUGCUCAGUGUUAGCGGUGACACGCCCCAUGUAUCACCACAGUCAGUUUACCUGAAGGGACGAGCGAAACAACGUGAUUCAUGUUCACAUGCACCAUUUUCUAAUUCAUCGUCAUGACAAACGUAAAUAAAACCUACAGUAUGUUUCUA